GAUAUUUGACAAACGAAUAUCGAAACAAAGAGAAAUAAAGUAGCGUACGUCAUAAAUCUCAAAACUUAUUAGGAAAAUGUUCGAUAUUUUAUAUAAAUUUCUUGUAACAUAAGUGUAAGUACCUUUUCACAGCAAGUUAAGUAUUUGUAUCGAUAACAGUUGUCUAUGUGUUGAAAUGUUCGAAAUUAAAGGCUACAAGAUACCAAGCUUCUAAUAGUUCAAUAGUUUAUCAUUAACAAUGGAAUGUAUGGAAAAAAGUCAUCAAAUUAAUGUAAUGAAAUCAAAAUGUGACAAUAAAAUUGACAUUAACGAAGAAAAAAAGUUAGUUAAUACCAACUUGAGUGUAUUACAUAGUACAAAAAUGGAUACUACACCUUAUCAAGAUGAUACAGAAAAGAAAAUUAUACUUCUUAAGCAUUUACUAGAAAAGGAUCCAAAAGCUGCAGAUUUAAAGUGGUCUCUCUUUAUAUCAGCAUGUAAUACAUAUCGUUAUGAUACUUGUUUAAGACCAUUUCCACCUAUGUAUAUAAAAAAUGAAUGCAAGGAUAUAGAAGCUUUGAGAAAAACUGUAGAACUGAUACCUCCAUUGGCAGUAAUAUUUAGAGAACUUCAUGAGCCAAAUGUAUAUGCUAAUUAUGGACCAGCUAUAGACUUGUUACAUUGGGUGUUAAUAAGAUUGAGAGAUCCUUAUAUUAAAAGUAUAAAUAAGGAAAAUUAUAAUUCUGUAUUAAGGAAACUACCUUCUGAAAUGCAAGUUGCUACACCAAAUUUAAUAUUUCAAAUAGCAAGUGCAAAGCAAUCAGCCGCAGAAGAAAAGUGGAAAUAUAAUGGGCAAGGCUAUUCUACAUUAUAUGCAUAUCACGGGAGUCGUUUAGAAAAUUUUCAUUCUAUUCUACAUUAUGGUUUACAACAGAACAUGUGUAAGAAAUCGCUUUUUGGAAAAGGAAUAUAUCUUUCAAGUGAAUUAGGAGUAAGUUUACCAUAUAGUCCAGUAGGCUAUGGAUGGGGUGGCAGUGUUCUUGGUAGUGAAUUGAGUUGUGUAGCUCUUUGUGAAUUUAUUAAUCACCCUACUAUAAAAAAACAUAAUUCAGGAGUUAGAAUACAAAAUACGUUAUCUGAAUCAGUUCCAGAUAAAUAUUAUUUAGUUACCAACAGUGAUUUAGUAAGGAUUCGUUAUCUUCUUGUUUAUAGUCAAGAAGUUCAUCCAACGAGGAGUAAUGAAAGUUCUGGAUUAUUGGACUGGUUUAGACAGCAUAAAUUAUUAACUUUUAUGCUUGGAUAUAAUAAUGUUAAUAAAGAAAAUGUUAUAAAUUCGAAGUCAUCUAUUGCCGCAAGAACAGUAACAACUAAAAGAGCUGUAUUUGGAGAAUUAGGAAAUAAAGUAAAUACACAAAGAGGAGCAGAACCUAUUGAAAGAAGUAGUUUAUUGUUAAAGGAAAAAAAACAAAUAAUUUGUAAGAAGAAUGACGUUAAACAAAUUGAAAAAGUUAUAGAAAAAGUUAAAGAAAAGCCUGCAAAAGUACAAGAAAAGCCACAAGUGCAAUUAAUUAAACCCAUACCAAAAGUUCAAGUUUCUAUAGAAACAAAUUCAUUACUAUCAGCACCUACGAUAUCUACAACAAAAGAAAAAGAAUCAUUUUCGUCUGAUCUUAUGACUGUUGAAGAUAUAGAUGAAACGGAUAAGGAAAAUCCAAUUCUGGUUUCUAUGUAUUGUAAUGAUAUAUAUGAAUAUUUAAGAAGUUUAGAAAAAAGAUUUCCUAUUAAAAAGGAUUAUUUAACUGGACAAGAAGUCACUGCCAAGAUGAGAAGUGUUCUUAUAGAUUGGCUUAUUGAAGUACAUCAACAAUUUCAUCUUAUGCAAGAAACAUUAUAUCUUACUAUUGCUAUAAUCGAUAGAUUUCUUCAGUCAUACAAGACUAUAGAUAGGAAAAGAUUACAACUGGUAGGUGUAACAGCAAUGUUUAUAGCGAGUAAAUAUGAAGAAAUGUAUUCACCAGAUGUAAGCGAUUUUGUGUAUAUAACUGAUAAUGCAUACACAAAAUUAGAAAUUUUGCAAAUGGAACUGCUCAUUUUAAGAACUCUUGACUUUUCAUUUGGACGACCAUUACCACUUCAUUUUUUAAGAAGAUAUAGUAAAGCUGGAAAGGCACUUCCCAUACAUCAUACAAUGGCCAAAUACUUUUUGGAACAGAGUUUAGUACAUUAUGAAAUGUGUCAUUAUUCACCAAGUUUAAUAGCAGCAGCAGCCAUAUAUUUGGCAUUUGUAAUCCUUGGUAAUAAUGAAGAAAAUGAAAAUAAGAAAAUUUGGACAAACACUUUAGAAUAUUAUAGUAAUUAUACUAAGGAAGAUAUAUUACCUGUUGUGAAGGAUAUUGCUGUUAUUAUAACAAAUGCAGAUAAAAGUAAAUAUCAAGCUGUGAGAAAGAAAUAUGUAAAUGCCAAAUAUAUGAAGAUUAGUAUUCGUCCAGAACUUAAAUCCCCAACUAUAGUUGCCAUGGCAAUAGAAGACAAAUAA